UACAUCAUUUACAUAAAUUCCAACACAUCUUUGUGUAUAUAUGCAUAGUCGCAUCAUUCACCCCCAAGUACAACUCCCGUAAGCACGCACCUUCUCUUCUAGUCCGCAUUAAUGGCUUGUACCAACACCCUGAAAGUGAAAGCAAUUACUUACAAGAGUAGCGUAGCAGCUUCUGCUUUCCAAUCAAAGGGAAAGGGAGUGCUGGCUCUUGAUUUUUCGGCUUCUCUCUUGACAAAAGAUUUCAAGAUUUCCACUACUAAUUAUCCCAAAAAUUCCAACACCUCAAGAUUCUCCAGAGGUCUCAGCACACAAGCAUUUUUCUGGAGAAAACCAAGAUCAGAUGAUCAGUCUUCAAGACCAACUAAGGUUCAAGAACUAUACGUGUACGAGAUGAACGAGCGAGACCGUGGCAGCCCCGCAUACCUUAAACUAAGCCAGAAAGAGGGGAAAUUCCUGGGAGACCUGGUGCCCUUCUCCAACAAGCUCUACUCCGGCGACCUGCAAAAACGACUAGGAAUAACGGCGGGUUUGUGUAUGUUAAUCCAAAACUUCCCGGAGAAGGGAGACAGAUAUGAGGCCGUGUACAGUUUCUAUUUUGGAGAUUACGGCCAUGUAACUGUGCAGGGCGCGUAUCUGACAUACGAGGACACGUACCUGGCCGUGACAGGCGGCUCAGGUGUGUUUGAGGGUGUCUAUGGACAAGUUAAACUGCAGCAGAUUGUAUUUCCGUUUAAGCUCUUCUACACGUUUUAUUUGAAGGGGAUCAAGGAUUUGCCGGCCGAGCUUGUGGUUAAGCCGGUGGCCCCCACUCCGGCGGUCGAGCCCUCAGCGGCUG